AUGAGGAGAAUAACAUCAGUCUUGAAGCCUCAAACUGGCCUCCGGGCCAAGGCUGGCGUUGGCAGCUCACUCUCAGUGUCGCACCGCGCCCUGUCCUCAUGCUCGUCCUCAUCCCCGCCCUCAUUGCUGCCAUCCGGCUCACCAAGGGCGUCACAAUUGGCAGCCCAGCAGGAAAGGGGCAAUGCCUCUCUGCGCGCCCCGGGCACGAGGAGCUACUCCUCUGAGGCCCCUCUCCAGAAGACGGCCCUGUACGACCUGCACCUCGUCCACGGCGCAAAGAUGGUGCCCUUCGGCGGCUUCCAGAUGCCCGUGCAGUACGCGGGCCUGUCCGUGUCCGAGUCGCACAAGUUCACGCGCACGCACGCCUCGCUCUUCGACGUCUCGCACAUGGUGCAGCGCAUCUUCAGCGGGCCGGGCGCCGCCGCCUUCCUGCAGAGCGUCACGCCCUCGAACCUCGAGACCCUCCCCGUGAACAAGAGCACGCUGUCGGCGCUGCUGCACCCGCGGACGGGCGGCAUCGUCGACGACACCGUCAUCACCAAGCUGGCCGACGACAGGUUCUACGUCGUCACCAACGCCGCCUGCCGCGCCAAGGACGACGCCUACCUCGCUGAGCAGCUCGCUUCCUUCGGGGGGCAGGUCAAGCACGAGAAGCAGGACCAAAAGGGGCUCGUCGCGCUGCAGGGCCCGCUGAGCGCCGAGAUCCUGGCGUCGGUGCUUGCGGAGCCUGAGGCUAUCGACGUGACGAAGCUGUACUUUGGCUCGUGCAUCGAGGCCAAGAUCAAGCUGCUGGGGAUGGAGGUGUCCAGCCCGGUCCUGAUCAGCCGCGGCGGCUACACGGGCGAGGACGGCUUUGAGAUCUCUGUUCCUUCUGCCGAGGAGACCGUUGCCGUGACCGAGGCCCUGCUGGCGGUUGGCCCCGAGAAGCUUCAGUUCGCGGGCCUGGGCGCAAGGGACAGCCUCAGGCUGGAAGCCGGCAUGUGUCUGUACGGUCACGACCUGGAUGAUACCACCACCCCCGUCGAGGGCGGUCUGAGCUGGAUCAUCCCCAAGGAGCGGAGGGGUGCAGACGCAGGGUACCACGGAGCCGAGGUCAUCUCCAAGCAGCUCGUCCUCAAGAGCAAGGGUGGUCUGGGUGUCGAGAGGAGGAGGGUUGGAUUCGUGGUUGAAGGUGCGCCCGCAAGAGAGGGCGUCGAAAUCGUAAGCAAGGAGGGUGAGAAGAUUGGAAAGAUCACGAGCGGGUGCCCAAGCCCGACGCUGGGUAAGAACAUCGCCAUGGGGUACAUUAAGGAUGGCUUCCACAAGUCAGGCACAGAGGUCGAUGUUGUCGUGAGGGGGAGGAACCGCAAGGCUACGGUAACCAAGAUGCCAUUUGUUGCGACGAAGUACUGGAAGGGUACCGCUCCCGCAUAA